AUGGCAAUAUCGGCAUGCGCAUAUCUGAGGUGCGAAAACACCAAUGAGAUCACUUCAUUGAUUAGCGGAAAGAGCAAGCUAACACCAAAAAAGAUCCAGCAGACUGUCCCACGCUUGGAAUUGUUGGCUAUCUUGAUUGGACUGCGAAUGGCGAAAACCAUUCUUGAUUCAAUAAACAUUGAAAUUAUGUCCGUAAAUGUCGCCAGUGAUAGCGAAAUAGCACUUCAGUGGAUUAGACUCAAAUCGAAGUUAAAUCCAUCCCAGUACAUCUAUCUAUCAACACAUCAUAAUCCAGCAGACGUUGGAACUCGAGACAAAACGGCAGGCCUCAUUAGUGAGCAUGAUUGGGUGAGAGGACCCAGAUGGCUAGAGCGCGACCAGCAAACUUGGCUUAUUCGAUCCAUAGAUAACCUCAGCUCUGAUCAGUCUUACGAAGAAGUAGAAGACAAUCAACAUGUGAAUGUUGAAACCACAAACGAGUCAGCGGAAUCAUCCCGUUUAAUAAUAGAUUUAGCUCGUUUCUCUCGCUACAAAACAGCUCUUCGAACAUUCUCAGUUGUUGGAAAAUUGCUGAGUAAAUGGGUGAAACGGUGUAAUUACACCACGUCAACAUCGAUUACGCUAAAAAAACUCAUCUUAGCAGCUAUUCACGAAAACAUCAACGUGCAAAAAUUGCAAAAGCGAUUCCCAAAUCAGAAGAUUAUCAGAGACGAAAAAGGUAUCAUUCGAUACAAGUCACGCAUUCAGAACGCCAAUUUGCCAUAUGACACAAAAAUGCCAAUUUUCAUUCCGAAUUACUCGGAACUAGCCAGGCUAAUCAUUCAUGACCUACAUUAUGAAAAUGCACACUGCGGCAAAGAACAGACACUAGCGCUGGCAAGACAACGAUUUUGGAUUCCCCAGCCAUCUAGAGUAAUCAAGAAAUAUCUGCGUACUUGCAUUACGUGUAAGAAAUGCCACGGAUUGCCAUAUGGAGCACCAGAGAUGCCACCAUUACCAACAGAUCGGGUAACAAUAACCAAACCCUUUGCAAAUGUUGGAUGCGACUAUAUGGGACCAUUUGAGUCAAACAUCAGACAGAAAAUGUACGUCUGUUUGUUCACAUGCCUUACUACCAGGGCUGUGCAUCUUGAAGUGGUCGAAAACUUGUCAGCUGGUGCAUUUUUAAGCAGCUUCAUCCGUUUUAUAUAUCGAAGAGGUGUUCCAAAACUCAUCCAAACUGACUGUGGAACGAAUUUUAAUUUGGGAUCAAAAGUGAUUGAGAAUUUGUUCCUGGAAAAUGAUGAAAAUGGUAGUUCCGUGAUGAACUACAGUGCCUCAGAGGGCAUAAAGUGGAUUUUCAAUCCACCUGCUUCAUUAUGGAUAGGAGGCGCAUGGGAAAGAAUGGUUGGCUCCGUGAAAAGAUGCUUUCAAAAAAGCAUUGGACGUAAAAAAUUGUCAUUUCAACAAAUGACUACGGUAAUUUCAAGAAUUGAAGCAAUAAUUAAUACUCGCCCGUUGACAAAAUGCGGUAAUGGCGAUACGUUAUAUGAACGCGAGUUGCUUCAGACAGUUGCGCAAGCACAGGAAGCAUUAAUGUUUUCGGAAACGAUCGCUACAGUAUUUUGGGAGCGAUGGAACAAAGAGUAUCUUGCAUUCUUGAGAGAUAACCAGAGAGUGCUACUAAAACAACCGCGGCAUGUGACAAAUACACCGCAAAUUGGAGAAAUUGUACUUAUUGAGCAAGAAUUUCUUCCACGUGGUAAUUGGAUGUACGGCAAAGUACCAGAAACAGUACCAAGUGCAGAUGGUCUUGUAAGAUCAGCAAAACUCCUUACGCCAAACAAAAGAGUUAUUCAAAGACCACUCAACAAGUUGUAUCCCUUGGAAAUACGUAGUUCUGUGGAAGACUCACUCACAGCAGAUUCAGCAGAAUCAUCUUCCUGCAGAAUUUGUUCAGCUAGACAAUCGAAAACACGUGCCCUAAAGGUCAUCCAGGAAUUUGAAAGAAGUCUUGACCGACCCUCUACUUCUUCAAGUAGACAGGUAUCCACAUAUCUGCUGAUGGCUAUGUUAGCAUUAUCAACUAUAUGUCCAGUGACAGCACAUGAGAACAACUCAAUAAAGUGCAACGAAGGGAGAGUAGAAAUAAUGCCUCUUUCAUCAAGAUUUGAGCUUUGCAUCAACACAAUGUGCAGAAUUAUGUCUAACGUAUCGAAAUCGUAUAUAUUUGAAUUGGAAAAAUCAUCAUUAGAUGAAAGUAGCACGAUUACGUUGCGAUCUGAAAGUGAGAGCUCAGUGGUCUUCUCUACUAUGCAGUGCGAACCGCCAGACUUUUGCGAGGCCUUGCUAAUGAGCAAAGAUCUUAUAGGUAAUCCUCACUGUUGGCCACUUGGAACCAUAACCACUUUAACAGUGUUAGUUUGCUCCUCGAUCAAUAACAUCAUGUUGAUCAUAUGGUUAAUUAAAUGCACACGAAAUGCAAAACGGAAAGGAACUCCGAAUUCCACAUUCGAAGAAGAAACAAUUUCAAUGAAAACAUUGUAUCCCCAUCCAAUCAAUAUACCGUCCACUUUGUUGAUUUGUGUCGCACUUUUGGCACUAGCAAGCAAGCUUAAUCAUGCUAACAAAACUAUCGGACUUAUAAAGAUACGUUCGAGACCAAUGAAACUGUCCUGCUCCAAGGUUUCAUUGUUCUUCACUAGAGAGACAAAACUCAAGAUCUACCACACAACAAGAUGCUCGCAAAUGGGCUCUUGCACUCAGUCUAAGUGCAGUAGAAUUAAGCUGAACGAAAUAAUUCCUGAGUUCAAAAGAUCAUCUCCAUAUCCAGGAUACUCAGUUUGUGGUAACACAUGCGGCGGUAUAGCAUGCGGUUGCUUCCUACCAUUUCCAGCAUGCACAUUUCUGAGAAUUGCACAUGUUCCGAUGAAGACACGGACUGUCUUUGAAGUAUUAAGUUGCAUGGAAUGGCAACCAGUAAUUCAAAUUGAUGUUGAUUUCAUGCUUUAUAGUAAAGGAAAGCGCAAAAACCUCAUUCUCCAUUGA